AGCCAUGGAGGAGUCACCACCCCCGCUGCUGGGCUGCAACAAGCCGCACCUGGAGAAGCUGACCCUUGGCAUCACCCGCAUCCUAGGAAUCGGCUUUCAAGAUGACCUCAAGCUCCCAAUGAAAAGAGAACAGCUGAAAGAGAGCAGUGUGUGAAGCUGAUAGAUCACUGACUACAACCUGAAUGGAACCAGUCAUGCUGUGCCAGAGUUUUGAGCUCCACAACUGACCUGCUGAAAAGAAUCCUCUCCAGGUGUUACAGAGGUAACCAUCAUAGAAAAGGCCCCUGCUGAACGUCAUAUGAUUUCUUCAUGGGAACAAAAAAAUAACUGUAUGAUGCCUGAGGAUAUAAAGAACUUUUACCUGAUGACCAAUGGCUUCCACAUGACCUGGAGUGUGAAGCUAGAUGAGCACAUCAUUCCACUGGGCAACAUGGCGAUUAACAGCAUCUCAAAACUAACUGAGCUCAAUCAGUCUUCUAUGUAUUCACUUCCUAAUGCACCGACUCUGGCAGACCUAGAGGAUGAUACAUAUGAAGCCAGUGAGGACCAGCCAGAGAAGCCUCAUUUUGACUCUCGAAGUGUGAUAUUUGAGCUGGAUUCAUGCAAUGGAAAUGGGAAGGUUUGCCUUGUCUACAAAACUGGGAAACCAGCAUUAGCACAAGACACUGAAAUCUGGUUCCUGGACAGAGCGUUAUAUUGGCAUUUUCUCACAGAUACUUUUACUGCCUAUUAUCGCCUGCUCAUCACCCACCUGGGUCUGCCCCAGUGGCAGUAUGCCUUCACCAGCUAUGGCAUUAGCCCACAGGCCAAGCAGUGGUUCAGCUUGUAUAAGCCCAUCACCUACAACACAGAUCUGCUCACUGGAGAGACCGACUCCUUCAUGAAUAAGCUGGAUCCAAGCAAAGUAUUUAAGACCAAGAACAAGACUGUAAUCCCAAAGAAGAAAGGGCCUGUUCAGCCUGCAGGUGGCCAGAAAGGGCCCUCAGCUCCCUCUGCCUCCAAACCAUCCUCUAGCUCUGCAAACCCUAUCCGAAAAUGAGCACCGCCUCCAUUUCUCUACCAGCCUCACGGUAGUAAUUUCCAUGCACAGAUGGCUCCAGAGGUGGCCACACCUGAUUUUGUGCAAUUAUAAGCAUCUUUCUGAAUGACAAAAAUCUUCCCACUUACAAUAGCUGGGGAUUGGACAUAUGUACUGAAUUUUACCCAAGCGUCCUUCUCUUACACUCUUUCUAGUGGGUUGUGCCAGCCUCUGCCCGCAAAAGCUGUAUAGAAUUUUAGAUCUUAAGUGGCCAGAGAAAUUGA